AUGAGUGAGGGACAAAUUCCAAGCUCAGAUGUGUUAGGCUCGCAAUUAGGUGUUGGUGUAAAAGGUGCUAGUCUUUAUUGUCCGCAGGAAAAUUAUACUCCUAAGAAAGCAGGGAAGCCACAAUGGCUAAGACCAAUAGAUGAUACAUUACCCGAGGGAGCACUGGACCUUCAUAUAGUGGUCAAGACUCUGCUUUGUGAUACUGCUAUACGAUAUACUUCCGACGACAAAAUUUUGCAAGAAUCGGAUAAUGACGAUGAUCUCAUUACUAGUGAUACUGAUGAAGAUACGGACAAUCAGCGGAACACAUCUAUAGUAGUCGAUCCAGUGAUACCCGUGGUACCGAAACAUGUGCAUUUUUUCAAGAAAGUUGAUGUUGGUAAUGACCCUAUGUUUAGUGUUAACUACGACACGCCAGUUUCGCUCCACGAUUACAUUCCUUCCGAUUUACUACGCAACUUGAAUGACACAUUACAGGAAAGUACCCAUUCCUCGAAGCCGAGGCAAGACACCCUCUUUUGGGACCCGACUGUGGCGAAUCGACUGGACUGUGAAUAUAUUCAAACAGCAUCAGAUUUAAGAAAUUAUAGAGACGGAACCGAAAUUAUAGCAUAUGCGUCGGGCAAAACAGACUCCGUACUCAAUAUAGCAAUCUUGGCACGACAAGAUACAUUGCAUCUGAACCGACAUAACAACGUAACGAGUAUCGAACUGCAUUCACCUAUCAAGAGUAUUAAGAUACCAGGGUCUUCUGAAUCCAUCGGGCGGAGAUCAAACCUGGUGGGCGUAAUCACGGAAAAUUCUUUCCAAAUUUUUAGAAUCGAAAGUAUUCAUUCAAGAACAUGCGAUGUCAUUGUUACCAGUUCGGAACCACUGUAUUUUGUUGAUAUAGACGACAUUCAAGUGGUAGAUUUUUCAUUCAAUCCUUGGGACUUACAACAAUUCGCAAUCGUUGAUAUAAAAGGAAACUGGAAUAUCGGAAGGAUACCAAAGAACUUCAAUAACAAUAAAAGGAAGCUACAGUUGAUAGAUAACCUGCGCGGUACGAUUUUUGACCCAGAAGAAUUAUCGUCUUGGAAAAGAAUUGAAUGGUUUUCACAGUUCCAGAAAAUACUGGUCUUUGAUAGGUCAAAAAUGAUUGAGAUCGACUUUCUAAACAAUUGGCAAACAGAAGUAGUACAAGCGAAGACGUGGUCAAAUAUACGCGAUUAUAAGAGGAUAGACGAUAAAAAUGGCAUUUUACUCACUUCAAGAGAAAUAAUCAUUAUAGGAGCGUCAGAAGCAAAUGAUGCAGUGAGAAGAAUAUCUUGGAAGCACGAUCUGGAUCCAGAUGACACUACGCUUAGAAUCACUAUUCAAAAAGUUAAAAAGUCUAACCAUCUUCUCCUGGUCGCCUUUGUAUAUUCGAUGCGGCAUAAACACAUCUAUAUACAUGCAUUCUCUCAUGGGAAAACAAACUUAUUUCAAUCCUUAGGAUAUUCAACAGUCCUUGAAAUCCCGGGUGGGAACCCUACUGGAAUAGAGACAAUCUCGACACUGGACAAAGUUGAGGAUGAAUCUUUGGGGGAGGAGGAUGCAGAUGACAAUGUUAAGUUUGUUGUAGAUUUUUUAAUUAAACUAAAGAACUCGUCUGAGAUUUAUUACUGUGUUGUGUCAAAUACUCAAACCUUUGAAUCCAGUGAACAAGAAAACCCCGUCAUUGCUGACAAUUCCGAGUGGACAAUGCUUUUCAAUAACGCUGGUAACCAUGAAAAGGAGAGUAUUAGUGCACUAGUUUCUCAAAUCAAGUUGAAAGAAAGAGAACUCAUAUCUCGGAUCCAAAAUUUAACUGAGUAUGAAAACAGCCACGAUGAGGAUAAGUACCUCCAAGAUUUAGGAUAUCACUUAUCCAUAGCUACAAAUCAAUUGCUCGAAUCUUGGCAGAAAACUAGAGAUGAACGUAUCCGUGGAGGGUCUUUGAGCUAUUCAAAAUUGAAGAACCUUGUUGAGAAUUCUGAUUCCUUCGCAAGUAUCUCCGAAUUCUCUUCAUUAUUAGAUCAGUUUUUCCAGUACUAUGACGAUCAGGAUGUAACAUUUAUUCAUUUUGAGAAACUGCUACACUUGUUUCUACAUGAAGACGUUUCGGGCUUGGAUGUUUUUUACAACAAAUUACUGCAAUGUUGGGUUCUGGUAUCCCCACAAGCAGAACUACUUGCAAAGGAGAUAGUCAAAGACAUUAUCUGGAGUUUAGCAAGACUUGAAAAACCAUCACUUUUUGAACCGAUUCAAAAGGAAAUUUCACAAUCACUAAGUGGACAUUACCAGGAUAUCAUCUCCUCAUGGGAUAUGGAUGAUAUCAAUGAAGAUGAGUCGAGCGAAUUCAAUUUUGAUAGUCAAUUUUCAGCAACAACCUUUAAUGGCAGGCCUCCAUUCAAUCUAAACUCGCAAUCCCAAAUUCCAACGAUUAAAUCUUCUCAAAGUAAUGGACGGACAAGGAGGAAAAAAAUAUUGAGGACACAAUCACAAAAAGCUGCUCCACUAUCACAAUCCACCCAAAACUUAAGUGUCUUACCAGAUUCAAUGACACCAGCAUUUACUCUAAUGCAACCCCCUUCUUCCCAGAUAUCAUUUGUGAAUGAUUCACAAACUCGUAAUUCUCAAAGAACCAAAAAGAAGAAGAAAAGGAUCCGGGGGUUUGGAUAA